AGCUGAUGCUUAUGUCACCAAUAGAACCGGACUAUAUAUUUCUCCACACACCAACACACAUGCUCACACACUCAAUGCUUUGUCACACUCUUUGUCACUCGCUAUCUACAGCUAUUUUUCCUCUCUUCGACAGCACUGAUACACUAAACAAACACUCUCGCCAACACUUUAUCCAACAGCCAUUUGGACAUUGCAGAGGUGGCUGGGUCUGCUGUCCUGCACAAUGGAAAACAAGGCUGAUGUAAAAGCCAUUAUGGCUCGCUUUCAGGCGAGUGGAGCAAGUACCGAUGAACCAUCAUCCACACCAGUAGGACGUCCCAAACAACCCUUACACCCCACCCUUUCCUCUGGCCCCACAGUACCGUCAAAAAAACCUGUCUCAGAGAGUCUCUCAGGCAGUGCGAUCAACCUUCCAGCUAAACCUUCUUACCUGAAAACAACACCAUCCACUAAAAGUGAUACAACGACCCAUGAACCAAACAAAACUAAAGCCCUGGCCAACAGGUUUGCAAAUAACCAAGAUGACACAAAUACCACCAAGAAGCCUUUUGUUGUCAAUAAACAACACCAACCUGUGAAGCCAACUUUUUCACAGACUUCUGAAGCACAAGAACCUGCACAGAAACCACCUGUCUUCAAGCCGUCUCUCAGUGCCACCUCAUCAGACUCCAAGCCUGCCUUUCCUAAACCCUCCUCAGUUGGACCCAAACCCAGCUGGGUAAAAGAGGACAACAGUGGGGGUGCACCGGCAAAUGCUGGCUCCACCCCACCCAUAAAGCCUUCUGCACAACUAAAACCAAACAGCAGCGUUAGAAAAUUAUGGCAGCAAAAUGAUGGAAUGGCAGAAGCUAACACGGACACAGCGAACAAACCCCCACCUCCUGUUAACUCCACUCCAAAGCCCUCCAACUUCAGAACUGCUCAGAACCUCUUCAACAAGGAGAAGGACAUAGCAGAGGAGACGGAUGACGGCCCAAGAGCAGGUGGAGCUGGAAAACAGCCUCUCACAACCUCCAGCUCCAUCCCUCCUCCAAAACCUUUAGCCAGUAAGAAACCCAGCUUAAAGAAACCAGUGAAGCCUCCUCCAACUAGCAACGUCAGUGGGGAUCCCACCUCAGGCCCUAAGCGAAACCCCCUCCCUAACAGUUUAGCCCUGGGCCCUGCCCCGGCUAAACCCAACCGACCUCCCAAAGUCAACCUGGAGAGUUUCAAGAGAGGAACGGAAACAUCAAAUGAGGGUCCUGCAACAUUAAAGAAACCCGUCGCCGCAUUUCCAGGCCCACCUCCUGGUAACAAUAACAACCAGGGGACCCCUCCUCAGCCCCCAGUUCCCAGCCUGCCCCCUCGACACCCUGGACCCUCAAAUCAGCAGGAAGAGUUCUAUGAUGAUGUUGAUGAACUCAUCAGUGCGCCUCCACCUCUGCCACCAUCCUCAGUUCAUCCAAGUCAGAGGGGAAAGGCUCAGGAGGAGGAGGACGAUGAUGAUGAUGAUGGUGAGAUGUAUGAAGAUCUUGAUGAACGAUGGGAAGCGGCUGAACAAAAACAGGAAAAAAAGAAAGAUAAAGAGGAGAAAAAACGACUAGAAGCUGAGAAAAAGGAGCAGAAAGAACGUGAGAAGAAGGAACAAGACGCCAGAAAGAAAUUCAAACUGGUUGGAUCACUCGAGGUCAUUCACCAGGGGAAGGCUCGUGUGGAUUGUAAAGGCACUAAGACAGACCUCUGUCUGAAGCAGGGAGAUGGUCUGGACAUCAUCCGAGUCCAGGGAAACCCAGAGGGGAAGUGGUUAGGACGGACGCAGGACGGAUCCAUUGGUUAUGUGAAGACCACAGCAGUGGAAAUCGACUUUAACUCUCUGAAGAAUCGUCAGGCUCAGCAGCCGUAUGAACCCGAGGUCUAUGAUGACAUCGAUGUUGUCUCUUCUGACAACAGUGGGACCAGAGGACCAGGAGUGGUUCUACCUCCACCACCAGGUGAUGGAGAAAUAUACGAUGAUGUUAUUGACCCAAACCUGGAAAUCAGUCCGUUGGACCCGAGAGCCUCUAUUAAGAAGCAGCUUGGCUUCCUGCGGAUGUUUGAGUGGAACAGACGUCCUUCCAGCACUAAUGAAGUGCCUCCACCAACUCAGUUUUCUGAGGCAAAUUCAGAUCAAACAGCAAUUGAUGAGGAGAUAUAUGAUGAUGUUGACUCUCAAAAUGCGCCUCUUCCUCCUCCCAUCAGCAGUCUUCCACCUCUGAGAGGCAAAGACAUGGACCCAAAGAAGCAGAAGAAGUUCGAGAAAGAGGAGAAGGACUUCAGGAAAAAGUUUAAAUAUGAUGGGGAGAUCCGGGUUCUCUAUCAGGUGACCAUCAUCCAAAAUCUCACUAAUAAGAAGUGGAGCGGCAAAGAGCUAUCAGUCAAAGCUGGAGAGAAACUUGACGUCAUUGCGAAAGCUGCAGAUAACAAGCUGAUUUGUAGGAACGAUGAUGGCAAGUUUGGUUAUGUUUCAACCUGCUACAUUCUCUCAGAUGAUGGAGAUAUUUAUGAUGAUAUUGGAGAUGACUGCAUCUAUGACAACGACUGAGAAUCAUCUCACCAUUGGUUUAAUGUUUGACUGAUAUUGUUCAUGUUAUUUAUUAUGUUAAUUGCAGGCAUAUACAGUGAUACUGCUUUAUAUUAGUCCAACAAUCAGACUGAACUAACCUUUCACUGUACAUAUUUCAUACUUACUAUUUGUUUGCCAAAAAAAAAGGAUGUAAAUUUAGAACUCUGAACAACAAACAGGACAAUUUAAUAUGAUAUUGUGCUCACAACAUUACAGGAAAAUGGGAAAGAUUUAUUUUUAAAACAGUAUUUGCAUAUUUCUAUAAGCCUUUAUGUUUUCUUUUUCUUCAGAAACACGUACACUUCUGCUGUGUUUUGCAGUUUCAUAUCUCUGAUUUGUUUAUAAAAUUACCCACUGGAUUAUGGCCACUGAAACUGUAACAGCUUGCUUUACUGCUGCUCUGAUGUUUUGCCCAUAUGGGUCUGGCACAAUUACAACUUUGGAACAAAAUGUGUUUGAUGUCUUUGUUUAAUUCAUUGUAAAACCUGAGACAUGGCCCAAUUAACACUCAAUGAAUAUAUAAAUGCUAGAUUUCUUAAAUAAAAUAAUUCAAACAAAUAUUGAGUUGAAUAAAACAUAUGGAGACCAUU